AGCUCAGUUUGUGACAGAGCAAGCACGGGGAUUCUUAGAAAUUUUAAAGUAGACAUAUAUAAGUGGACACGGUGCAUCCAAAAGCUUCCACAAAAAUCUGCCAGUCGUCCAUGCUGAGGAAUGUGAGCUUUGGGAGAAAAUUGCUGAGAGUUCCGUUCUGAGAAACAUCUGCUUCAAAGACACUGUCAUCCGUAGUGUGAAAUCCAAGUGCUGGACCGAGGAAUAUGAUGGAGAGAUACCUACAGGUCAGGAUUGUUCUGCAACAGAAGUAACUCUUCUAGCGAAAUGCUGCAAGACAUCUGGACUGGCUGAAAAUCUGCUUCUUCUCUUGAGUCGAUCUCUAUGUCUUUUCUGACAAUGCACUUGUUGUUGUUGCUGCUGCUUCACUGGCUCGGGCUUAUCCAGGCUCAGGUUAAUCCAGCUGUGUGUCGCUAUCCACUUGGAAUGUCAAGCGGGCAAAUCCAAGAUGAAGAUAUUACAGCAUCCAGCCACUGGUAUGACUCUACUGCAGCCAAAUAUGGAAGGCUUGAUUUCGAAGAAGGGGAUGGAGCCUGGUGCCCAGAAGGUCCAGUGGACCCUGAGGAUAUGGAGUUCCUUCAGGUUGAUCUACGAACAUUGCACUUUAUUACGCUUGUAGGAACUCAAGGACGUCAUGCCGGAGGACAUGGAAAUGAAUUUGCUCAGAUGUAUAGGCUCGACUAUAGCAGGGAUGGAAAUCGAUGGAAUUCAUGGAAAAACCGUCAUGGAAAACAGGUGAUUGAAGGAAACGUGAACCCCUAUGAUCCUGUACUGCGAGAUCUGGAACCACCGAUGAUAGCCAGAUUUGUGAGGUUCAUACCAAUUACCGAUCACUCCAUGAGUGUGUGCAUGAGAGUUGAACUCUACGGCUGUGAAUGGUUAGAUGGCUUAGUGUCUUAUAAUGGUCCUAUGGGCCAUCAGAUUGUUUCAGCCGGGAGCCCUUCCGUUUAUCUGAACGAUACAGUGUAUGAUGGUGUAAUCAGCUCAAGGAAGGUUUCAGAAGGACUUGGUCAGAUGACGGACGGAGUCUGGGGCCUGGAUGAUUUCACACAAAGUCACGUGUACAACGUGUGGCCAGGCUAUGACUACUUGGGGUGGCAGAACACCAGCUUUGAAAAUGGCUAUGUGGAAAUUCUAUUUGAGUUUGAUAGGAUCCGAAAUUUCACAGCGAUGAAGGUCCAUUGUAAUAACAUGUUCACGAAGGGAGUGAAGAUAUUUCGAGAAGUUCAAUGUUUUUUCUGCUCGGAACUGGGUAAAUGGGAACCAACCCCAGUCACAUCAGUUCUGGUCCUGGAUGACGUCAAUCCUAGUGCCCGAUUUGUCACUGUCCCUCUGCAGCAGCGAAUGGCAAAUUCCAUCAUGUGCCAGUUCUACUUUGCUGAUACGUGGAUGAUGUUCAGUGAAAUUUCCUUCCAGUCAGACACAGCGAUGUACAACACUUCAGGAGUUUACCCAACUGCGGAUGUGGACAGCACAACCCACAGUGACAAUGACAUCAACCCAAUGCACAAAGUGGAUGACAGUAACACUCGAAUCCUGAUUGGCUGCUUGGUGGCCAUCAUCUUCAUCCUGGUCGCCAUCAUCGUCAUAAUCCUUUGGCGUCAGUUUUGGCAGAAGAUGCUGGAAAAGGCCUCGCGGCGCAUGCUGGAUGAUGAGCUGACCGUUAGCCUCUCGUUACAAAGUGAAACCAUCAUGAUAAACAACAAGUCUUCCUCCUCCAGCGAACAGGAAUCAAACUCGACCUAUGACCGGAUAUUCCCUCUCGGUCCCGACUACCAGGAGCCGUCAAAGUUGCUUCGGAAACUUCCGGAAUUUGCCCUAGGUUUAGAGGAGCCAGGAAGCAGCAGCGACUAUGCAAAGCCACUUGGAGGACCUCAGGACAACGUUCCACAUUACGCCGAAGCGGACAUUGUUAACUUACAAGGUGUGACUGGCAGUAAUACCUACUCGGUCCCUGCUCUAACCAUGGACCUCCUGUCCGGUAAAGAUGUGGCUGUAGAAGAGUUCCCACGCAAACUGUUAACCUUCAAGGAGAAGCUGGGAGAAGGACAGUUUGGGGAGGUGCACCUCUGUGAAGCAGAAGGAAUGCAGGAAUUUAUCGACAAGGAGUUUCCAUUUGACAUCAGCGCUAACCAGCCAGUUCUGGUGGCUGUAAAAAUGUUACGGUCGGACGCCAACAAAAAUGCCAGGAAUGACUUUCUGAAAGAAAUCAAGAUCAUGUCCCGCCUGAAAGAUCCAAAUAUUAUCAGGUUAUUGGCCGUGUGCAUCAGAGACGAUCCACUGUGUAUGAUCACAGAAUACAUGGAGAAUGGGGACCUCAAUCAGUUUUUAACUCGUCAUGAGCCAGAGAGCGCAGAACCAGUUGCAAGCAAUGCAUCGAUUGUAAGCCAUGCCAAUCUCAUUCUGAUGGCGAUGCAGAUAGCAUCUGGCAUGAAGUACCUGUCCUCUCUCAACUUUGUUCAUCGUGACCUUGCCACUCGGAACUGCCUGGUGGGUAAGAAUUACACAAUCAAGAUCGCUGACUUUGGCAUGAGCCGCAACCUAUAUAGUGGAGACUAUUAUCGGAUCCAGGGCCGAGCUGUGCUUCCCAUUCGCUGGAUGUCUUGGGAGAGCAUUCUUCUGGGCAAGUUUACUACAGCAAGUGACGUAUGGGCUUUCGGUGUGACCCUAUGGGAGUCCCUGACUUUCUGCCGAGACCAACCAUAUUCCCAGCUAUCGGACGAGCAAGUGAUUGAAAAUACUGGGGAAUUUUUCAGAGACCAAGAGCGUCAGGUCUAUCUCCCACAGCCAGCAAUUUGUCCUAAUACCGUGUACAAAUUGAUGCUGAGCUGCUGGCGACGUGAACCAAAGAGUCGACCCGCGUUUCAAGAUAUUCAUCGCAUUUUGCAGGAAUGUGCAAGCCAGUCUGAAGCAGAGUGAGCUGCUUUCGAGGGAUAUUAUAUCAGAACAGCUGUGACUUUAAAUGGACAUCAUAAUGCCUGCCAUUACUAGAGUACAUUUCAACAUAUUUUACCGAAGAAGGUGCGGGAUGAGAAUCCAUGGGUUCGAAUGUUGUGGAGAAGAAUGUGUGCUUGGCAAAGCAAGUAUCGAGCAAAGUAUACGCAAGUGGAAAGUAUUUAUAAUUAGAAACAAAACGAAAAUGUGGAAAUUAUAGCAAUAUGGCACAGGACAGAUAUUUCUGAGUUCUUGUUCAGUAUUCAUUCAGUUUUCCUAUAAUCCAAUGGACAUGACAGUGAAAAGCAGAACCACAUCAGGUCAGAAGUUAUAUUGCUUCCUAUUUUCAAGUAAGGUAAAAAUGACAAGUAGAGGCUAAAAGAACAAAAUCAGUUCUUGUACAGUAAGAUAUAAGUGGUUGGAAUCCCACCCCACAAAUGCCAUUAUUCUUAAAGUGACUGAACCAUAGCGCUCAGUAAUAUUACAAGAGAGUUUGUAAAUGCUUUUUUUUGAAAUAGAAGGGUAUAAAAUGUUUGGUAAAUUAAUUGUUGGUGUCUUUGUAGGAAUUUAUUUUAGGACCUGUAUCCAGUUGACUUCAAAGGGGUCUAUUAUGCAGUAUUUCUGAAUGAUAUUUCUUGAUAAGAAAUUUCUUGAUAAGGUGCAGCAUACAUCCCAUUCCUGGAAGGAGUUCCCACUUGGGCGAUUUUGAUUACUUUUUAAGGCAUUCCUCUAAGAAAUAGCGCAAAUUAGACCCCCAUUGUGGAUACAUUUGAGGUUUAGGUUAUUUUUUAAAAGGAGCACUUUUUUUUUGCUACUAAUGUUUAGGAAAAGGCUGGACUGUGAGUCCUUUUAAAGUGCAAUUUAGUAAAUACUCAAGAGUACAGUCGCUUAUGGCUUAAGGAUAUGUAUUAACAGCAUUAAAAGUAAGUCUACUAAUGCAUGUUGCUCUCCAAGUUGUGACCAAGCAGUGAAGUUGCUGGUUUUAAGUUAGGGACCAUUAAAUGUUAUUGUUAUCUUUUGCAUUUGGAUUUCUGUAAUUUGGUUAGAUAUUUUUGUUGAACUGUAUUUAGAUAUUUAUAUACAGAUUUUAUUAAAUAUACAUGCAAAUACCGUUAUAUUUAAACCACCUUACUGACUGAAGCAAGUCACCGGGGCUUAUAUUCUUAUUGUUUACCCCCAUUCCAUCUCCCUCCCCCUAUAUAUACGACACAUACGCACUUGCAAAGAACUUUGCAAAUGUAUUAUAUUGUUUCCCUCUGCAACUAAUUCCAAAUUCACCUGGAUAUUCCAGAAAGCCCUAAAGUCGUCUUUCUUAUCAUUAUAUUUUACCAUUUUAAUGUCUUGUAUCCUCCCACACAUGUGUACUGAGCAUAUUGAUGGCUUGUAAAGUAUGGAAUAACAGAUUGCUGAAAACUUUGUCUUUGUGGCAUUCUGGUUCAUAUUAAAGAGUGUGUCUCAUUAGCAAAUUGGA